AUGCAACCCGCCAUUCACCGCUUCCGCAUUACGAAACACGAUGACCAGAGCCGUGGCCGUGACCGUGGUAAGCCCGUCGCAGUCUCAGACGAGGAACAGCAACAACAGCCACCACAGCCACAACAGCCACAGCACAAGGCGGGCAAGGCUGCAUGUCAACGUUGUCGUCGCCUCAAAAAGAGGUGCAGCAAGGCCGCACCACAGUGCAAUCACUGCCUCAACGCGGGCGUCAUUUGCUCCCUGGCCGAACGUUCACGUGCGGAGCUGGGACCCCUUGUCGCGCAGAAGGAGAAGGAGAGGCUGGAGGCCAGAAUCACGUGGCUGAGCCAUUAUGUUAAUAAGACGCUGCCCCGCGAUGCACCCUCCGUAGAUCGACUCGAGACGGGAGCCGAUAUAGGCGGCAAGACUACAAAUACGGGUGUAUGGACAUGGACUCCAGUGAGUAGAGAGAGCGAGCUACGGUCCGAUGCGAACCCACACCCGAACCCGAACUUGAGCCCCCGGCCGGAAAGUAUAGAAAAAAUAUCACUACCAACUUCGACGCACCAUGGAGAUGCCUACGCGUCUGAUCCGAGUAAGAGUUCAGCGUCUGACAAUGCUACCAUCCGCAAUUGCGGACCUCAGCUUGUACCAGGAAACGUUGGUAUCACUUCAUCUCGCCAUGCUGCCUCCUCCCCAGAGCAUAGGUCAGAGCCGCUUUCUCCGGGUGUCGUUGGCCGGAGGUUUGUCGAUGCAUACUUUCGCCAUAUACAUCGUGCCUAUCCGUUCAUGGAUCGAGAAAACGUCCUGAGGGAUGUUGACGCCAUAGGAGAUUGGAUGAAUGAAGGUACUGAGAAGAUGCCUACCAAAUUAUAUAUGGUUAUGGCAAUAGGCUGCACGACAUUAAGGCGUGUAGGCCAGGUUUCGGAAGACAUUUGCUCGAAAUUCAAAAUCUCGUACCCUACUGUUCUGGAAGAAUGUCUAUCGAGAAAUGACGUUGACUCUGUUGCAAGCCUUCUCCUCCUCGGUCUCCACUCGCUUUUCGAUUCACAAGGCAUAUCACCUUAUGUAAUCACCGGUAUCUUGUCCAGGCAGGUAAUGGCCCUGGGUCUGAGCCGUAGCAAGACCUCGAUUGGGUCCAGCCAAGAGCUACGCGAAGUGGAAGCUCGCCAUAGGUUAUACUGGAGUGCGUAUACGCUUGAUCGCAUGGUAUCCGCAUCCGUCGGCCUCCCUUUCGGGAUAUGUGACUCUAACGCAAAUAUCCCCCUCCCGGGUGUGACCCUUGAGGAAUAUGCAUCUCCCGAUCGUAACUACUACACGCUCGUGCUGCAAGUCAAUCGGCAUAUAAUUUCUCUGCGACAACUUGAAGAGAGUAUCUUGCGGAAAAUUCAAUUCCCCAACUCGUAUGCAACAAGCAGACUGACACAGGCUGAUCGCAGAGUCAUUAUCCAGGAAUUAAGGACGCAGAUUGAAAAUUGGUAUACUCAGGGUUGUUUGGUGACGCCGAUGGAGAGAGAUCAGUUGCCCUUUCACAAUACGAUUCCAUGGCUUAACUACCGAUACCAAAAUUUGCUUCUACUCUUAUAUACACCAUCACACUUCAACUCGCCCAUAUCGAUGGACCAUCUACUUGAGUUGCAACGGUGUGCACAGAAGUAUAUUCAACUAUCUGCUGUGCUAUGGCAACAACGUCACCUACCUAUGAACUGGGUUACGCUGUGCAGGUUCGUAGCAAUUGCACCCGUACUACUGUAUUGCGUGGUACGGAACGGGGACGGCCUAAAUUUUAUGAAAGAAGAAGCCAUUCUCUGUGCGACAGUACUCGAGGCCUUCCCUAGUCAUUGGCUAUCAGCCAAACACGCAGCACGAGUAUUUCAGAGACUUGCAAUGACAAGCAACAGCAACCAAGCAAAUGGUCCUCUCCUAGCUGACUUAUCUGGCGACCCUGGGACUGAAGCAGGGGCGGGACGUGGAGAAGUGGUUACUCUCGAUCAGAUCAAAUCAGAAACUGAAGAUCUCGUCGCUAAUCUAUUGAGCGAAGCCAGUAUGUACGUUGGUGCGAUCGAUGCCGCUGGAGACCUGGUGAAAGAGAGAAUAACAGGGCAAUUACUUGAUGGGUUCAGAACCGAAUUACCUCUUGAUACGAGCUGGAUGGCUGGAAGUGGAGUCUGGGAUGGGGUCGGGGAUCUGAGUAUGGGGUUCAUUUGA